AUGAAAAUGAUGGAUGAACUUGAAAUAAAAUAAUUAUUUAUUUAAAUUUUAGAAGAUUUAGACAGUUAAAACUUUUUUGAGUCAUUUUCUAUAGCUGAUUCUAUAGAGUAUGUAAACAAUUUAUCAAAAGAGCAUUACUCUGGGACAUUUGAAUUUUUAAAACCUAAAAUUAAAUAAAUAGACGAUAUAAGAAGAAAUUAAUUUAAAUUGCAUAAUUAUCAAAGAAAUAUGUUCAAUUUAAUCUUAUUAGAUCAGCAUCAAAUUCAAUUUAUAUCCUAAGUUCUUUAAGAGAGAAUUUUGAUAAUAUUGAUCUAAGUAAUUUAUGUAUUGAAGAUACUAAAUUGGAUGGACUUAGUUUCUAUCAAUGCAAUUUGAGCAAAUCUUAAUAAUAUAUCUAUUGAUUCUUGUAAUUUUAAUUGGGCAACAAUAGAAAAGGCUACUUGGAAAAAUUUGAUUUGUAAAGAAAAACCAUCGUUGCUUGUUCAUGAAUAAACCAUCAGGUUUCUUGAUUUUAGUGAUGAUAGUGGAAAAUUUUUAAUAUCAGGCAGUGAAGAAGGAGUGAUUAUUAAAUCAGAAUUGUCAGCUGAUUAAGAAAUACAAUUGAUUUAAAAGAAUUAAAAUAUAUCCCAUUAACAAGUAAUUUUUUUAAAGACAAUCGAGGUAUCAAAAUAAACCCAAAUGAUAAAUAUUUAGUUGUCUUCAAAGAAAAUGCUAUUAUACUCUUUUUCUUAAUCAAAAAUCUAGUAAAAUUAUCAACAUAUUAAUAACAAUAUGUAUCUAAAAAAAGAAUGAAAAAAUUAUUACAAAUAUAGCAAUUUCGCCCAAUACCAACUGUUAGAUACAGGUGACACUAAAAUUACAAUUUGGAAUGCUUAAAAUAUUUCAGAUGUUUAAUAAAUCUUGGAACUUCCAGAACGAAAUAAUUAAGCAUUUGGAAUAGCAUUUUAAGAGAUAAUUAAGUAUUAGCUGUUGGAUGUUAGGGUGAGAAAUUAGAAUUUUGGAAUAUUUAGAAUCUUAAUCAAGUUUAACUAUUAUAUUUUUUUCAUUCAUAAUAAAGUGUAACAUAGGUAGCUUAUUCAAAUAAUGGUAAGUUCUUUGCUUUGAAUACUUGCUCUUCAUUUAAAAUAUAUGAAGUUCAAAAGUUACCCUAUCAAUAAGAUUUUUUUAGAUUACAUACAUUACAUCAAAUAGAUUUAGAUUGUUAAAUUUUAGCAAGUAGUACAAAUUAAUAAAUAAGUAUAUGGGACAUUAAAAAUUUAUUCUAAAUUAAAUUGCUCUCAAUUCUUAAAGAACAUUCAAAAAAAAUUUCAACUUUAAAAUUCAGAAAUGAUAAUUUAGUUUUAGUUUCAGGUAGCUUGAAUAAUAUUAUUUGUCUCUGGAAUUUACUAAAUUUAUAAUUAAUAGUUAAAUUGACAACUCACUUAGAUCAAGAUUUAGAUCUUGCAUUUUCAUCUGAUGGAUAGCAAACGGCAACUUCCAGUUUAGAUAAACCAAUUAUUUUUUGGAGUAUGACUAACUUGGAUAAACCAAUAUUUAAAUGA